AUGGCUUCAUACAGAGAUUUUGAAGAGGAAGGACUGGUACUAGGUCAGCAACGAGCUUCUUCACCUUCAUCUUUUUCCACAAAUGAAUCCACCCCCUUGUUACAAUCCCCCGUUCCAGAACUCAGCUACGCCGUCAUCGACAUCAAUCCCCGGAUUACUUACACCGCACGUGGAAGAGCAGAUACCAUUGCCACGUCGUCUACCGAUACCGCCGUCGACUCCAAUGCCAACAACGCCUACGAUGCAGACCAGGAACAGUAUAACUCCCUGCUUGAGGCGCGAAGAAAGCAUCUAAAGCCCAAGAUCAUCCCGCUAUGUCUCGGCGCCAUGUUCCUCCUGGAGCUCAGCGUUGCGCUCAGUGUGCCACCGACUAACGCUGUGGAGGAGAGCAUAAUUUGUCGCAACUUGCAUCCGGACGUUGUCUCGGGAUUCGCAAACAACACGGCGAGCUUACUGCUAAGCGAUAAUCCGGUAUGCAAGGAGGAAGAUGUCCAGAGUUACUUGGCAAUGUUGCAGGGGUGGCAGGCCACCUUUGACUGCAUCCCAAGCAUUCUCAUGACAGUACCGUUUGGCAUAUUGUCCGAUAAAUGGGGCCGAAGACCGGUGCUUGCGCUGGCGAUGUCGGGGGCUAUGUUGCAGAUGUUUGCGUUGGCUACUAUUCGUAGUAUUGGCCUGAAGAAACAAACAUCCUCGUCUAACUCGAGUCAACAAACCAGAAUUGGCGGAGGCGGUGGCAUCAUCGCAGCCAUGCUCUACACCUUCAUAUCCGAUAUCGUCCCCAUCGCCGAACGAGCUACCCUCUUCUUCCAAAUGCACGCUACUUACCUCACAGCGCGCAUGAUCUCCGGGCCCAUAGCCGGUUCGCUCAUGGUCAAAAGCCCAUGGAUUCCCCUCCUCCUCUCUCUGGGCCUCAUAACCCUCGCAGCCGCCACCUCCCUCGUCUUCCCCGAAACUCAACACCUCAAAGCCCAAGCUUCGUCAACGAAACGGAUUGACAACGACGAUAAUGUCCCAACCCGUUUUCCCACAGACGACGAAGAAAUCGACAAACCCAUGAUACCCUCCUCCUCCCCAUCACCCCCCUCCCCCCUUUCCCAACCUCAGCAGCAACCCAUCACCAUCACCACCCUCAUCCAACGCCUCACCACCUCCCUCCUCUCCUUCUCCCACUUCCUCACCAUCAACAAAAAAAUCUGCAUCCUCACCCUCGCCCUCGGCCUCGUCGUCAUCGGCAAAUACGCCCAAGCCCUGCUCCUUCAAUACGCCACCAAGCGCUUCCACUACUCCUGGUCCGAAGCCUCUUACCUGCUGACCAUCCCGCACUUUACUUCGCUGAUUACCCUCCUCGUUAUCCUGCCGUUUGUUUCCUCCCUUCUUCUCGGCACCUCCGCAAGAACAACACGAUUCCGCCGCCUAACCCCCCUCCGCAAAGACCUCCACCUAGCCCGCGCCUCCUCCCUCCUCCUCACCUCCGGCUGCCUCCUCAUCGCCCUCGCAUCCACCCGCCUCUCCCUCACUGCGGGUAUGAUCCUCUUCGCCCUUGGAAGCGGAUUGGGGUCAACCCUAAGGAGCUUGUUGAACGCGUUGGUGGACGAGGAGCACAUGGGGCUUGUCAAUAGCGUGGUCGGUUGGUUGGAGAUGGUGGGGAUCAUGGUUGCUGGGCCGGUGUUGGCGGAGGGGAUGAGUGAGGGGCUGAGGAGGGGGGGCGGGUGGGUGGGGUUGCCGUUUUGGAUGGCGGGGGGACUGUUGGCGGGGGCGAGUGGGUUGGUUUGGGUUGUGAGGGUGGGGGAUGGGAAGGGGGAUGGGAAGGGGGAUGGGAGGAGAGGUGGG